CUCUACGGAGCCUGGUACAAGGAGCCUGCUACUGUGGGCCAGGAUUCUCCCGUGGCUGCCAGUGGCACCAGCCUGGGGGUGUCGCAGGAGACCCAGGGCCGGUUCCGACUGACGGGGGAUCCAGCCCACGGCGACUGCUCCCUGCAAAUCAGCGACGCCCGACGGACAGAUGCCGGGAGAUAUUUCUUUUAUAUCGAGAAAGGCCUGUUAGAUCACACUUACCGCUCCAAUUCCGAUGGCACUGGCCCUGCGCUCACGAUCUCCGUGCCAGGGCUGACGGAGGAGCCAGAGAUCCAGAUCUCGCCGGCGUGGGGGCUGCCAGGGACGCUGCUGGCCAGGGAGCCGGUGACUGUGACCUGCACGGCCUCUGGGCGCUGCUCCGGGCCCUCUCCCCGAGUCACCUGGACGGGGCCGUUCAGCGACACAGCCCGGAACGUCUCAGCCCAGCUGGCAAAUGGCACCUGGGCCCACAGCUCCGCGCUCAGCUUCACGCCCGGCCUGGGGGACCACGGCAAAGAGCUCGUCUGCAGCGUCACCUACAGGCCACCAUGGGGACCUUCCACCAACAGAACCGUCCGGCUCCACGUCGGCUAUCCGCCCUGGCCCCCCAACAUCACCGGGACCCUGACCAGGAAAGGACGCCCCAUGCUGGCCCCAUUGGGAGCUGAGCGCAACAUUGUGUCUCUGGAGACCCGGGAGGGCGACUCCCUGAGUCUGGGGAGUGAGGUUGGGAGCAGAGCCGAGGCCAAGGGGCACGAGUUCCAGCUGCUUGUCGAGUCUGAACAGCCCCUGGCUGGGGACCGGGCUGAACUCGUCCUGCCAGCGCCAGGGGCCCAGCGUGGCCUCACUCGGGCAUUGAUCGAAAUCAGCUGCAAACUCGUCUUCGUGGCGACUGGAUUCUUCCUCGCCUAUUACCUCACCCUGCUCUAUUACAGAUGGAGGGUCUCUGCGUUCUCGUCCCCUGCACCUUCACGCACUCCAGCCUCGCACGACACCGACAAUCCCUCGGCCCAGCUCUACGGAGCCUGGUACAAGGAGCCUGCUACUGUGGGCCAGGAUCCUCCCGUGGCCAGCAGUGCCUUCAGCCUGAGGGUGUCGCAGGAGACCCAGGGCCGGUUCCAGCUGACGGGGAAUCCAGCGCAUGGUGACUGCUCCCUGCAAAUCAGUGAUGCCCGACGGACGGAUGCGGGGAGAUAUUUCUUUAGCAUCGAGAAAGGCCUGUUAGAACACACUUACCGCUCCAAUUCCGAUGGCACUGACCCUGCGCUCACGAUCUCUGUGCCAGAGCUGACGGAGGAGCCAGAGAUCCAGAUCUCACCGGCGCUGGGGCUGCCAGGGACGCUGCUGGCCGGGAAGCCGGUGACUGUGACCUGCACGGCCCCUGGGCGCUGCUCCGGGCCCCCUCCCCGAGUCACCUGGACGGGGCCGUUCAGCGACACAGCCCGGGACGUCUCAGCCCAGCUGGGGAAUGGCACCUUGGCCCACAGCUCUGCGCUCAACUUCACGCCCGGCCUGGGGGACCACAGCAAAGAGCUUGUCUGCAGCGCCACCUACAGGCCACCACGGGGACCUUCCACCCGCAGAACCGUCCGGCUCCACGUCAGCUGGUCCCUGUCCCAGCCACCUGGAUUUACCCUGACGGUGCCUCAGCAGGUGUCGGUGCAGGAGGGUCUCUGCGUUGUCGUCCCCUGCACAUUCACGUACCCAGCCUCGUACGACACCGACAAUCCCUCGGCCCAGCUCUAUGGAAACUGGUACAAGGAGCCUGCUACUGUGGGCCAGGAUCCUCCCGUGGCCAGCAGUGUCUCCAGUCUGAGGGUGUCGCAGGAGACCCAGGGCCGGUUCCAGCUGACGGGGAAUCCAGCGCAUGGUGACUGCUCCCUGCAAAUCAGUGAUGCCCGACGGACGGAUGCGGGGAGAUAUUUCUUUAGCAUCGAGAAAGGCCUGUUAGAACACACUUACCGCUCCAAUUCCGAUGGCACUGACCCUGCGCUCACGAUCUCUGUGCCAGGGCUGACGGAGGAGCCAGAGAUCGAGAUCUCACCGGUGCGGGGGCUGCCAGGGACGCUGCUGGCUGGGAAGCCAGUGGCUGUGACCUGCACGGCCCCUGGGCGCUGCUCCGGGCCCCCUCCCCGAGUCACCUGGACGGGGCCGUUCAGCGACACAGCCCGGAAUGUCUCAGCCCAGCUGGCAAACGGCACCUGGGCCCACAGCUCAGCUUCACGCCCGGCCCGGGGGACCACGGCAAAGAGCUCGUCUGCACCGUCACCUACAGGCCACCGCAGGGACCUUCCACCCACAGAACAGUCCGGCUCCACGUCGGCUGCCGGCAACAAAGAAUGGUUAUCAGUUACAACACCUGCACCAAAAGGUAAUAACAAGGCCUGCUAUAAUGAGCCUGCCUGCUCAAAGAGGGAGUAAAACAAGAUAACUGUUCACAGAAGAGUUACUAACGAGCUAAAGUGGUUUUUGCCAAGUAUGACUUAACUGCUUAAUGUAAUUGCCAUUGCAAAGUGUAUUUGCUACAUGGGAAUAGACGGGAGGGGCAAGAA